AUGCUGAAAAUUCUUCGGAGAGGCAGCGCCCGUUACUUGCUGUUCAGCGGCGUGCUGCUGACAGUUCUCGUGUGCCUGUACUAUGCGAACUACAACACGGCGGCCAAUUCCACGGCGACGGUAGCGUCCCGCGAGCUGGCCGGCGCGCCGGCGGCGGCGGUGGCGGCCGUGGCGGACGGGGGCGGCGGCGGCGGCGUGUCGGGGGCGGCCAAGACAGACGGCGCGGCCCGAAAGGACGGCGGGGACGGCGCGCUGGCGGCGCCUGUGGAAACGCGUGCGGCCGGGCCGGCGGGUGGUGCCGGGGACGCCGCCGCCGCGGUCCCCGAAGCCGCCGCCGCCGCGGCUGCCGAAGAGGAGUGGAUGGAGCCCGACUCGGCCAUCAACGAAGAGACCUGUCCCAUCAUGCCCGGAGCCAGCACGGACGUCGACACCGUGGAGCAGUUCAAGAAGUUCGAGUUUCAGGUAAGUCAACAGUUCCGACGUCGCCAGCGUUUGUUGUCGUGCAGAAAGAAGAUAAGACUCCGGACGUGAGUGACUCAAGCAUACAUCAGGCGCGUUUCAUUUAGUCUAGACU